CACACCCUCUCUCCCCUCGCUCCAUUUCCCUCCCUCCCAGUUACACACACACUCUCUCUCCCUCACUCUCAGUCCUCAUCUGCACCUCAGCAGUGUAACAUGCUGUCUCGUCGCUGCUCCAGCGCUGAGCCGUGAGCAGAGGCUGCCUCCUGUCACACGUGAAGACAGUCAGCCACCCUGAGAGGAAGAGGAGGAGGAGGAGGAGGACUGCUCCCGCUCUGUCCUGCAUCCCCUGGUCUCCUCGGGCAGAAGAAGGUGCAGAGGAUGCCGGAGGAACUUCAGCGUCUUGCCCUGCUGUCCAUUCAUUCCUCGACGCGCGCUGAACUUUUUAUGAACGAGGAGGAAGAGGAGGAGGAGGAGGUGCACGUCCGCGAGUGAGGCGAGAGAGAGAGAGAGAGAGAGGAGCCGCAGCGUCCCUCACACUCGGCGAGUUCCCGCGCCCCGCGUUUCGCUCAGCGACCCAUGUGGCAGGAGGCUCUGUGGACCCGCGGACGCUACCUGCUGGAGAAGAGCGAUGGAGGCGAGGGCGCCGAGGGCCCGGACGGCCCGGCAGACGGGUGCCCCGGGUUCCAGGCCGAGGCGUGCGCGGAGGACGAGAAGCCGCAGGACUGGCUGUAUGAGUCCUACUACAGGAUGAGCCAGCAGCAUCCGCUGAUCGUGUUCUUGUUGUUGAUCGUCAUGGGAACCUGCCUCGCACUGCUGGCCGUGUUCUUCGCUUCGGGACUGAACACAGAGGACCACUUGACCUUCCUGAUCACGGUGCCCGCCGCUCUCUUCCUCUUCCUCUCCAUCUUCAUCCUCGUCUGCAUCGAGUCGGUCUUCAAGCGGAUGCUCCGCCUCUUCUCCCUUCUGAUCUGGGCCUGUCUGGUCACCAUGGGUUACCUGUUCAUGUUCUCAGGGGGGGUCCUCAGUCCGUGGGACCAGGUCUCCUUCUUCCUGUUCAUCGUGUUUGUCGUCUACACCAUGCUGCCCUUCUCCAUGCGCGGGGCCAUUAUCGCCAGCGCCAUCACCUGCUCCUCGCACACGCUCACCCUCAGCGUCUGUCUGGCCAAUAGCGUCGCCGAGCUGGAGCCUCUGGUCUGGCAGAUCUUGGCCAAUGUGAUCAUCUUCACCUGCGGCAACCUGGCCGGAGCGUAUCACAAGCACCUGAUGGACCUGGCUCUCAAACAGACCUACCAAGACACCUGCAACUGCAUCAAGUCGCCCAUCAAGCUGGAGUUUGAGAAGUACCAGCAGGAGCGGCUGCUGCUGUCCCUGCUGCCGUCUCACAUCGCCCGGGUGAUGAAAGCCGAGAUCAUCCAGCGGCUGCAGGGGCCCAACUUCGGUCGAACCGAAAGCACCAACAACUUCCACAACCUGUACGUGCAGCGGCACACCAAUGUCAGCAUUUUGUACGCAGACAUCGUGGGCUUCACCAGGCUGGCCAGCGACUGCUCCCCCGGUGAACUGGUGCACAUGCUGAACGAACUCUUUGGCAAGUUUGACCAGAUCGCAAAGGAAAACGAGUGUAUGCGAAUCAAGAUCCUGGGCGAUUGUUACUACUGCGUCUCCGGCCUGCCGGAGUCCCUGCCCCACCACGCGGGGAACUGUGUGAAGAUGGGCCUGGAUAUGUGUGAGGCCAUCAAGAAGGUCCGAGACGCCACCGGGGUCGAUAUCAACAUGCGCGUCGGGGUUCAUUCCGGGAACGUCCUGUGCGGCGUCAUCGGUCUCCGCAAGUGGCAGUACGACGUGUGGUCACAUGACGUGACGCUGGCCAAUCACAUGGAGGCCGGAGGCGUGCCGGGGAGGGUCCACAUCUCGUCCGUGACGCUGGAGCACCUGAAGGGGUCGUACAAGGUGGAGCCCGGGGAGGGCCAGAGCAGGGACUCGUACCUGAAGGAGCACAGGGUGGUCACCUACCUGGUCGUCAACCCUAAGACUGAGAGGCACAGCCCUUUGCUCGGCGUGCGCUCCCGUCCUUCUCUGGACGGCGGGAAGAUGCGGGCGUCCGUGCGGAUGACCCGGUACCUGGAGUCCUGGGGAGCGGCCAAGCCCUUCGCCAACCUGCACCACCGAGAAAGCAUGACCACGGAGAACGGCAUGAUCAACACCACCGACGUUCCCAUGGGGCAGUACCACUUCCAGAGGCGAGAGAGGUCCAAAUCCCAGAGGAGGAGGUUCGAGGAGGAGCUCAACGAGCGAAUGAUCCGGACCAUCGAUGGGAUCAACUCACAGAAACAGUGGCUGAAGUCUGAGGACAUCCAGAGGAUCUCAUUGUUUUUCCACAACAAAGCUCUGGAGAAGGAGUACAGAUCCACCACGUUACCGGCCUUCAAGUACUAUGUGACCUGCGCGUGCCUCAUCUUCUGCUGCAUAUUCAUAGUGCAGGUCCUCGUCCUGCCCAAAACCGCUGUGCUGGGGAUCUCCUUUGGCCUGACAUUCCUGCUGCUGGCUUUGAUCUUGCUCCUUUGCUUCGCUGGUCACAUUCAGCAGGCUAAAAAGGGCUCCCUCUGCUCCCUCACCUGGUUCCCUACGUCCCCCCGCUUCGUCGUCACCAUCAACCCCUGGCUGCGGUUGGUUCUCACCAUGACGACCACGGCUGUCAUACUAGUGAUGGCCAUCUUUAACAUGUUCUUCGUGGAGGAUCCUGUAGGAUCCAUGGAUGACGCCCUGACUACCGUUCCCCCUGAAGUGGCGCAAACGUCCCCACCUGUAAAUCUAACCAACACCAGCCUGCUGGACUACCUGGACAUAAACACAAGUGCAAACAAGUUUUAUUUGCCAUACUUCAUCUACUGUUGUAUUCUGGGCCUGGUGUCGUGCUCGGUGUUCCUGAGGAUAAACUACGAGCUGAAGAUGGUGGUGAUGCUGGUUGCCGUGGUGAUCUACAACAUCAUAAUCCUCCAGACGCAUGCCUCACUCCUGGACGGAUUUAGCAAAGCGCCGUACCCCACUGAUAAUCUAGAUAGACCAGGCGUCCUGAAGGACCUGAAGACAAUGGGCUCCGUGUCACUGUUCAUCUUCUUCAUCACCUUGCUGGUUCUGGCCCGGCAGAAUGAAUAUUACUGUAGGUUGGACUUCCUGUGGCGGGACAAGUUCAAGAGGGAGUGCGAGGAGAUCGAGACCAUGGAGAACCUCAACCGGGUCCUUCUGGAGAACGUCCUGCCUGCACAUGUUGCGGAGCAUUUCCUGGGUCGCAACUGGAAAAAUGAGGACCUUUAUCAUCAGUCAUACGAGUCGGUGUGUGUGAUGUUCGCCUCCAUCCCGGACUUCAAAGAGUUUUACACAGAGUCUGAUGUCAAUAAGGAAGGGCUGGAGUGCCUGCGUCUCCUCAACGAGAUCACAGCCGACUUUGAUGAGCUGCUGUCCAAACCCAAGUUCAGCGGCGUGGAGAAGAUCAAGACCAUCGGUAGCACCUACAUGGCUGCGACUGGACUCAAUGUGACACUGGGACCAGAGUGCGCACAGGAACACGACAGACAGUACAUGCACAUCGGCACGAUGGUGGAGUUUGCGUUCGCGCUCGUUGGGAAACUCGAUGUCAUCAACAAACAUUCCUUCAAUGACUUCAAACUCAGAAUCGGUAUAAACCACGGCCCAGUGAUUGCAGGUGUUAUCGGGGCCCAGAAACCUCAGUAUGACAUCUGGGGCAACAGCGUGAAUGUGGCCAGCAGGAUGGAGACCACUGGAGUUCUGGGUAAAAUACAGGUAACGGAGGAGACGGGCGAUAUCUUAUUGACUCUAGGGUACAUGUGUUCAUGUCGCGGCAUCAUCAAUGUGAAGGGAAAAGGAGACCUGAAGACCUACUUCGUUCACACGGAGAUGUCCCGAUCGCUGUCACAGGGGACCGUGAUGCCCUGAGAACACAGCACCAAGUGAACAAAUUAACUUGAGAACACAAUCACACACACAAAGUGGCCGUAGAAGUGAUUCGUCAUGCUCCGUAAAUAAAACCCAUUACCAGCACACAGCAGCGAAAUGGACGGACAAUUGUCGACCUUAGCAACACAACGUAGAGCAGGGACCGCGCUGCACCGCCUGAGUCCUUCAGUGCUGCACUUGGGAUGGUUUUUUACAUCUCAAGUGUAACAAGGACUUUGCUCCGAGAAGACUCUUCAGUGCCUGACUGAGGAGAGGCGCGAAAUUAGAGCAGCUCUCGAGGACCACAGUCACCCAUCUGUACAAUAGUAGUGGUGUGGAGCUAAUUAGCCAUGCCAGUGUUGCAGUGCUUCAGAGCCUUAUACUUGAGUAAACUGAGCUGCCUGUUGAGCUGUGUUUUUUUUAUAUAUAUCUGCGUGGCUGGCACUGUGAGCCGGAUUUCCAUUUUAUUCCAAAUGGGUGUUCAAUAGAUUAUUGUCAUGUAGAGCCGAUGCCAACAAAUAGCCAGCGCUAUGAGGUAGUUUGCCAAAACCUGUCAAUUAUAUUUAUAGCUUUAGAGCUGCAUGUGUCCCACUGAAGAGUAGGUGAGCUGGAGAGGAAAUGUAGAGGUUUUAUACCUGUAAUCCAUCUGGAUGCGGGCCCACAGUAAUGUGUGUAAAUGUUCACUGCCAGUUUUUUUUUGUUAAUCAUUAAACAUUUGUAUAUAAACUGA